GCUGCGGAUAGUGAGUGCGCUAUGAGAAACCAAAUCUUCUUUAAUUGCAAAUAACAGCACGCGCAUUUAAAAAUGGAAAAUUAUCUUAAAUUGCAAGACUUUGAUGAGGAUUUUGUCGAAUUGGAGGGAAAAUUAACGGAGUAUAGGCCAUUGCCAAUAUUAAAGAAAUCGCCAUCGGUUUGGGCCUAUCAACGGCAUGGGUGCUUUUGGGAGCGCGAUGUUCCUGGAAGCAACGAAUCUUUUUUUGUAGAACAUUUUGGAAUGAAUAGGGAGGAGUUUGGCAUCCUUGUGGAACGCCUUUGUGGAUUGGCCCAAAAAGACACCGCAUUCGGAAAGGCCAUUCCUCUCGAUAAGCGGGUUGCAAUCACAAUAUAUACCUUAGGAUCUUCUGCGAAUUAUCGGACAGUGGGCACGUUCUUUGGUGUGUCGAAAGCAAUGAACUUCCUCACGCAAACAAAACUGGAGGAAUGUGUUAAAGGCUUUGAAGAAUUUGGCUUCCCACAAUUCGCGAUUGAUGGCUGUCACAUUAAUAUUCAUCCAUGUGCAACUGAUACAGCUGACUAUUUUAAUUACAAAGGCUGGUACUCAACUAUGUAUAUUGUUAGCAAUGGUUGAUGCACUAUGAAAUUAUUGAGUGAUACUAAUUUUUGCAUUUGUAUAUUGAUGUUAAAUGUAAUUUUAGAUACAGAUUUCUUUAUGAUGAGUCGACACUUUUGAAGAAUAAGUCGCGCAUUAUUUCGGGAGUUGAUGUGCCUGUUGUGGUGAUUGGCGAUUCGGCUUUCAAAUUUUCGAGUCAAGUAAUGAAGCCAUAUGCUUUUUCAACUACUGAGAAUGAAACUAUGAAGGCUUUCAAUUACACUUUAGCCAAAUCGGAAAAGCUUUCGGCCAUUUGAAAGCUCGAUUUCGACGAAUUGGAAAAGGACUCGAUAAUCGUAAUAGUAGUUGUAUUUUACAUAAUUUCACGAAACGUAAAAACAUUGAUAUUCCGGGAAUUUUGGAGCCAAGCCCCGAUGAACCACAACAGCUCGAGAAAUCAUACGACAUGAAACAAGUGAUUUCGAUAGCGACGCUGAACCAAUUCGAACAGAAAU